UUCAUACAAUAAUCUUAUGAAUGUAAAAGAAGGGGGAACAAUGUCUGCGUCUGGUCCUAUCAGCAACUAUUAUGUGGACUCUCUGAUCAGCCAUGAAAGUGAAGACCUCCUGGCUUCCAGGUUCCCCACCACUGGGGCUCAUCCAGCAGCAGCACGACCGUCAGGAUUAGUCCCGGACUGUGGAGAUUUUCCUUCCUGCAGUUUUGCCCCGAAACCUGCAGUGUUCACCACCUCCUGGGGUCCUGUGCACUCCCAGUCCUCUGUGGUCUAUCACCCCUACACCCACCACCAGCCACACUUGGGCACAGAUGCCAGAUAUAUGCGCACUUGGCUGGAGCCCAUCUCAGGGACCGUGUCAUUCCCAGGGUUUGCAGCAAGCAGCAGGCACUACGGACUCAAGCCUGAUGCCUUUCCCAGCAGAAGGGAGUGUGGCCCCGGCGAUGGUCGUAGCUACCCGGAUUACAUGUAUGGUUCUCCCGGAGAUCUGAGGGACAGGCCACCUCUCCACACCAUCCCCUCCCCGGAAUCUGAGGCCAUCCUUUCCAGCAAACACAAAGAGGACAAGUCUGAAUUGGACCCCAAUAACCCAGUGGCGAAUUGGAUCCAUGCACGUUCCACAAGGAAGAAAAGAUGUCCCUAUACAAAAUAUCAGACUUUGGAACUAGAAAAGGAAUUUUUAUUUAAUAUGUACCUAACCAGGGACCGACGCUAUGAGGUCGCCAGGGUUCUAAAUCUUACUGAAAGGCAAGUUAAAAUUUGGUUUCAGAACAGACGAAUGAAAAUGAAGAAAAUGAACAAGGAAAAGACCGACAAGGACCAACCCUAGAAAUCCUCACUCCUCCUUCCCUAUCAUAACCUCCAUAUAAGAGAUAUGUGAAGAAAACAUUUUGUUGUUGGCUCAAGCAUUAUCAGUAAUAAUAUAAAUAAUUAAUGACUAUGAAUGUGGAGAUCUGUGUUUAGCGUAGAUUAUAAACACACAGGCAUUUUGGAAGCACAGGCUUUUAUAAAAUGCAAUUACAAAUGUUCCUCUUCUCUGUCUUUAAGGAAAGAAAAAAAAAUCCAAGAAAAAAAAAACAAGAAAGUACUUGAAUAUUUUUUUUAGUAUUUUAUUUUGUAACUUAUACUUAUCCAGUGUUAAUUUUUAUUUGAAGAAGUUUGUGAGUGCAUAUUUUGUAUAAUUCAAAUCGGGAAAUUACCAGUAUGUUUUGUUAUAGUAUUGAAAGUAUCUUGGAUGUAUAUAUUUAUGUAUUUUAUUCUUGU